CUCCUUGAGUGAUGUUCACACCAGCUUUCUGGCUACCUGAUCAUUGAAGGUCCAGUGCAGGUGGGGCUCUAGGUGGUCCCCGAGGUCCCCUCCAGCUCUCCCUCAGGGGAUUCCCUCUUCUUUUGCAGUUUGGGUCCCAGGAAUCAGCCCCACUCUGGUGGCCCAGGAAGGAGAGUCUCUCCAGCUGCUCUGUGCUGCCAUCAGCAAUCCCCCAGCCACACUGAGCUGGAUGCUGGGGGAGCAAACCCUGGCCUCCUCCCAGCCCUCUGAGGAUGGAGUCCUGAGCCUGCAGCUGCCCCAGCUGAGGCCAGCAGAUGGAGGGCGCUACACCUGCCUCGCCCAGCAUCCUCUGGGGUCCAAGAAUGUCUCCCUGAAUGUCUCUGUGCAGGGCUGCUCUUCUCAAGGAAGCAGCUCUUGGCCUCUGGUCCUCACCCUGCUCAGGGGAGGCCUCAUGGGAGCUGGCUUUCUCCUCACCUAUGGCCUCACGUGGCUCUAUUAUACCCGGAAGCUUGGAGGGCAGGAGCGCCCACCAUGUCCUGAAGCCUCCCAGGCCUCCGUGUGACCAGCCAAGGCCUGCCUCCUGCCCUUCCCCUCAGGGGGGCUCCGUGUGCCCUCAGAGACCCAGCAAGGCCAGUGUAGACCAGCAGCUCCACUACCACCUUCCCUAUGAGAAGGGAGUCCUCAUGCCUCCCUCAAGUCUUCUCUUCUCCCCUGAACAGCCCCAGGCCUGCCCCUGACUGUCCAGGCCUUUGCCCAGGCUGAUCUCCCUCCCUUCUGUGAUGCCUGAAUGGUCACUGUCCUUCCUGAAUCCGGGUGCCCGGCAGAGAACAAGGCUGUGCGGGGGUGAUGGAGCAGAGCCUGGCUGCUGGGCCAUGAUCCCCUCCUUCAUUCCAGCAGGCCCCAGGCCUCUUUUAGGUCAGUCAGGAGAGGAGGGAGCUUAUGGGGCUGCUGCCAUGGCUGCCAUCUCCUUCUCCAUGGCUCCCAGGCCUCCCAACCAGUCCCAGUGUCCUCCAGGCAAGCUGGGCUCCUCACUGUGCCCCCUGUCCAGUCCUCUGGUCCCCCCCCCACUCCAUUCUGGAAGCUCAGCCCCAGACCUCCUGCCCUGCUGUCCUAAGCAGGGCAACCCGGCUACUUUGGGCUGAGGGUGUUGGGCCAUAAGUCUGGGACUUUGGGAUAUACAGGCACACAGGGGAAUCCUGGGCCUGGGCCCCCCUGGGCAAUAAACUGCUUCAUCUUUCUGA